UGGUGUGCUACCUCAUAUUCCAUAACGCACAGCCAAGCGAGUUAGCGAGAAAAGCAAGGAAUUAGGACAACUAGUAGUGAAUGUAUAGAUAGAAGGAAUAUGAGUCUAAGCCAACUAAGGUCGAAGCCUCCUUCCUGGAGGUUUCCGUUUCUCACCUUUUUUUUUUUUUGGUGCAAUCCGUUUCUCACCCCAAUUGAAGAUAAAGUCGCAGAGAUUCUGCUGAUUUGGCUUUUUUUUCUGUUUCCGAAAUAAAAACUCGCUCUCUUUAUUCUCUUUCUAAGUUUUCGCCGGAUUUUAUUUCUUUUUCUUCGGAUUCCGGAUCGACGAUAGUGAAAAAAAAAGGGGGAGAGAAUCCUAUUCCCUUGGAUUUACACGUAAACGGAGCUUCCAAGCAGAAAAAAUACCCCGAAUGAAACCAAAGGGGUAUUGGCUAGAACUCCUAUACUACUCAUCUUCUUCCUUCCUAUUGAUGGAUGGUGGCUUCGGAGGGUCACAACUGCUGCGAUUAAAUGGGAAAUCUGCUGCGAAAGCAACGCCGGAGUAAUAGUGAUGAAAUUAGUAGUAGCCAUCGUAGUAGAAGGGUUGCCUUGAGGGGUUUCUCAAGGUCCUCUAUGUCUGAAGCGUCGCCGCCGCCGCCGGUGACUGCCCCCCGGGGCUCAAGAACUUUGUCAGGUUCCAAUAGGUCUGAAGCUUCGCCGUCGGUCACCCCUGGCAGUCAACCUCCACCGAGUGCCAAAACCUCGACCAACAAAUAUGCGUACAUACCCGACAAUUUCAAGACUCUCGAACAGGUUACAGCUGCUUUGAGGGAAUCAGGUCUAGAAUCAUCGAACCUUAUUGUUGGGAUUGACUUCACAAAAAGCAAUGAAUGGACAGGAAAACACUCAUUCAAUAACCGGAGCCUGCAUGCGAUUGGCAAUACACCUAAUCCAUAUGAACAAGCUAUUUCUAUCAUUGGCAAGACUUUGGCUCCCUUUGAUGAAGACAACUUGAUUCCCUGUUAUGGGUUUGGUGAUGCCACCACCCAUGAUCAAGAGGUGUUCAGUUUUCACAGUGAUCAUACUCCUUGUCAUGGCUUUGAGGAAGUUUUAACAUGCUAUAAACAGAUUGUUCCAAACUUGCGAUUGUCAGGGCCAACAUCUUUUGGACCUGUAGUUGAGGCUGCAAUUGACAUUGUGGAGAAAAGUGGUGGACAAUUCCAUGUUUUGGUUAUCAUUGCUGAUGGCCAGGUAACAAGAAGUGUUGAUACGAAGGAAGGUGCUCGCAGCCCACAGGAAGAGAGUACAAUUAACUCAAUUUGCACUGCAAGUUCGUAUGCACUCGCAAUUGUGCUUGUUGGAGUUGGUGAUGGGCCUUGGGAUGAAAUGAAGAGGUUUGAUGAUCAGCUUCCUGCUCGCAAAUUUGAUAAUUUUCAGUUUGUUAACUUCACUGAUAUCAUGUCCAAAAAUGUGAGCCCCUCUGAGAAAGAAACAGCAUUUGCUCUUGCUGCACUGAUGGAGAUCCCUAUCCAGUAUAAAGCAACAAUGGAACUUGGAAUCCAUGGUCACAAAACAGGGAGAGCAAAGAAGAUAGUCCCGCGCCCUCCUCCUGUUCCUUACAUGCGUCGGCAACAGCCAGAUCGGGAACCAAGCAAUCCCCCGCCGGUUGUCAGUAGUGGUAGUGAACCGAAUCAAGUGUGCCCAAUUUGCCUGACUAAUGAAAAGAAUUUAGCGUUUGGGUGUGGACAUCUGACUUGUCGAGACUGUGGUCAAAGUUUGUCUAAUUGUCCCAUAUGCCGUGCGCCAAUUACGUCUCGUCUCAGAGUGUAUCCUGGUUGAUCAGGUUGAAAGGAUUAUCACAUGUACAUAACUUUCUGAUUUUUUUGUCCAUGAAUGAUUUCGUGUGCGUGUGCGUGUGCGUGUGCGUGUUCAUCUGCUUUAAGUAUGAUGUUUAUUUCCAAUUCACGAGAGUAGUAAAAUUGAAGACGUGUCUCUUUGUUGCAUUGUAGCUUGAGGCCUUCUAAGAUAAUUCAGUUGCUUGGAAUUUUAUUUUA